AUGCUUCUUGACGCUGAGGCAAAAUUCAACGAGGGUUGCCCGCCGCCCAUCGUCCUAGCUGUCUUCGAGGAGGACGUGGACAUGUUUCGCCUACUGCGCAAGUACGGUGCGAAGUUGGACACGCCGGAGACGGGGAACUGGGCUAUGGGAGUGGCACAGUUUUAUGAGCUUCAAUCGAUUACGGAUUUUUGA